AUGGCGGCCAUGGCGACGCCGGGUCGACUGACGCUCAUGCUCGUGUUGCUGAGCAGCGGAGGAGGAGGACAUGCAUGGACGAGUGUCGUACACAGGACAAAGCGAGCUCCUUGCCAUGCCGCCAUGUGCGAUAUGAAGAUGCAGCAGCAGCAGCAGCAGCAGCAGCAGCAGCAGAUUCAGAGCAUGCUAGAUGUAGUAGAGCAGUAUCCUUCUGUCUCCUUCUCGCCUCUCCUGGACUUUUCUCCCUCACUCCGCUCGUUCGUGCGGACAGGGAAGACCGGCAGAGGAGAGGAGCUCGCGACCAUCCCUCAGCGCCACUGCCUUCAGACGGACAUAGGACGUGACUUGCGUUCCUCCCAUGUCGACCUUGCAGUGAAGCUCGCGAACGAGGGCAUGGAGCUGGAGGGGGUAGUCGCGCAUGCGCCCGAUCUACCCUACACAUGGUCGCAGCAAGAGAUCGCGGAGCUGCAGUGGCCUGACAUCCAGCGAAGGCUGGAGGAGGAGAAGGUCUGGAUGGAGGAGAAGCUUGCGGAUCCUGCAGUUAGCACCAUUCCUCGGGCAACCAUGGAGCCAUGCUUCGCCAUGGCGCGAAGUUUCAGCUACGUGGCUGCAGGGAAACUUUACUUCGCUCCUGUCCUGGCGCUCUUCCAGCGAACGGCCCCCAAGGGCUCGAGGGUGGAGGGGAGAGGGGAGCGCUUGGUCUUGACAUCAGACGAGGGGGAGGAGGGGGAGCAAGUCAGAGUCAGCCUUGGGUGGAUCUCCAACGACGAUGUCCUGUGCCAUCACGGUUGUGCGUACGAGAGUCUCGAGUCAGAUGCUAUCCUCCUCUCUCGCGCUCAAGUCGACCUCGCCCUCUCCUCCUUCUUCUCAUCCACCCCGCAGCACCUCAAGGUGAAGCAGGACGAAGUGAUGGCGGCGCUUCGCCGGUACAGCUACAUCUCCGAGGAGGAGCAGGAAGACUACGCCAUCUUCCCCGGCGGGUACGCGAGUGACGGGCUAGGCAUGCUGCUGCAGGCGAAGUGUCUGCUGGACGAGGAGCUGGAGGCCUUCAAGGUCCAGGGGUGUGCGUUGAACAUCGGAGAGACGGUUCCUUUCUCCCGCGACCACGAGACGCGCGUCGGUCACGCGCUGAUCGAGCUCUGCCAGCAGCUGCUCUCGUCCUGCCCGACUAGCCUGCAAGAGGACGCCAAGACGCUGAAGGCGAUGGGAGAGCGUUCGGAGACCCAGGAGGAGAGGAGAAGGAGAAUCUGUGUGGUGUACCGGAUGAGCAGGAAGAAUUACCUCCAUCAGACCUUGGAUCGAUGCUACCAGUGGGUGAAGAACCCGACAGCAACCGGGACAUUGCGCAGGCCGUGGAAGGUGAACAUAAAGACAUCUGGAUAA